AUGGGAGAAAAUAUAUUUCUAUUUCUGCCCAAUUUAAUCGGGUACGCAAGGGUUAUACUAGCUUGUGCGGCAUUCUACUACAUGCCUACAAACCAUCUACUAUGUGGUGGACUAUAUAUUCUCAGUCAAUUAUUGGAUGCAUUUGACGGUUAUGCAGCACGAUAUCUGAAUCAAUGUACCAAAUUUGGCGCUGUACUUGAUAUGCUGACAGAUAGAUGUUGCACUGUUUGCUUAAUGGUGGUAUUGGCAAAAUUUUACGAAGACUAUUACUUGAUGUUUCAAUUCUUGAUUGCCCUUGAUAUUACCAGUCAUUGGUUUCAUAUGUACAGUUCCUUCCUUAAAGGCAGUAGCAGUCAUAAACAUAUCGAUUUAUCUGGAAAUCCUUUGUUGAGAUUAUAUUAUACAUCCAGACCUGUUUUAUUCUUUAUGUGUGCUGGAAACGAGUUUUUCUUCGCGAUGUUGUAUCUACUCCACUUUGAAGAAGGGCCCGCAGUCAACUAUGGCAGCACUUCAAUCGGGUUAUGGAAACUCAUUGCUUGGAUCUCCCUUCCAGUGUGUAUUUUAAAGCAAUUAAUUAGUAUUGUCCAUCUCAUCACUGCAUCCCAGAAUAUUGCUAAUGCCGAUUUAGCGGAAAGGGAAACACCUAAAAAGCAGUAA